CGGUACACACGUGUUGUGACUGUUGUCCCCACUCUCCAGACCGAGAUCCAGACUGGCCUCGAGACUGGCUGAAGAUGUCAGAAGUUGAAUCCAAGGUUCAAGCUGAUUCUCGAGCUCUGUUACCUGAAGAUGUAACAGGAUCAGCAGAUAUGAAUCUCAGAAAACAGAUAUACCGUGUGGUGAUGGGAUACAUUGAAUUGCCUUUCAAAGAUGAUUCAGGACAUGAUGAGGAUGGUGUUGUUGUAAUUGAUUUUAUAUAUAAAUGCAUUGAUCAAAGGCCACAGUCUUUCAUUGAAGGAGAUCAUGAUGUUGAUUGCGAUUUUUUGCAGUGGUUACUUUCUUCAUGUUGUCUCAUUAUGUCAAAAAGUUCACAAAUGAUAAAUAUCAAUUUGAUCAACUGUCUCACCAAACUAUUUCAGUUAUUGUUCCUAAAAGAUCGAAAACUCUUCUCUUAUCUUACUGCAGGACUUCUCCGAGUGAUUAAAGAUAUUGUAGUAUUGUCAUUUUCUGAACAUGGUAAUGUACAGUUUCCUCCUGUUAGUCUUUUCACAUUUCAUCAGAAAAAUUUCUCUUCAGACCUUCAAGCUGGCAUAUUGCAGUUAAAAUCAAACGUAGAAAUUAAUGUUAUCUUGUUAUCACUUCUUAACCUGCUUCAUAAUCUUCUCGAAAACAUUGGUCCAUUUCCAAUGGAACUUGAUUGGAAUCAUCUUAUUUUAUUAUCUAAGAACCACAAUCAUCAAAUCAGGAAUGUUUCUUUAAAGUUUAUAGCAACAUCAUUAUCCAAUGGUGUUACAAUGCCACCGCAGAUAUUAGACUCACUGUGCUGGCUAUUGCUUGACUUACUUAGUCAUGGUCCUCGUACUGACUACCUUCAGUCUUUGGUUUCUUGUUGUGAUCUUGUUUUUGGUACUAGUGACCGAGAAAUCUUGGCUCCAUUGAGAUUUUUUGACCAAUUAGCUGUUGCUUUACUUCAACUUACUUAUACUGGUAUAUACAAAUCAAGUACCAUAAUUUUUCAGGAUUGUGUUGGUCACCUUUUGUAUAACUGCUGGCUGGUUGGAGUGCUGUCAUUAUCAAAAAUAAGAUACUUGCUUCAUUAUAUUACAGAUACUAAUUCUAAUCUGAAGCCUUUUAUUUUGCUAUUGGAAAAAGCUUUGUUUAAUGAAUUAGCCGUAAUAUCUAAAUGCAAUGAAUCAUUGAAAUUUCACAACAUUGAGCACCCACAUCCUGCUUUUAAGAAGAAACUGAAAGGUUCAGCUCCUCAGUAUGGACAAAAAAGGCAAAAUGAGAGAAAAUAUUCAAAUUCCUUGAUAAAGCUGCUAUGUCAUAUAAUGUUUUCUUGUGGACAAAAAUUGUCUCAGUCUAUUGAAUCUCAGUUUGCUUCAUUGGCUAACUUAGAGACUCUUUCCUCUAUUUUGAGACUUGUGGCUGGUUGCUCAGUGAAACAUUAUGAGGCGUUAAAAUUUUGGCUUGAGAGGAAUGAGUUUGCUGGUAUGUUAGAAUUAUUGGACGCUGUUUCUGUAAAAUUUAUAAAUUCUGAUACUGAAUAUAAGGUUUUGAAGUUAGUUUACACCUGCUUGAUUUCUAUUGGCUGUUUAAUGUCACAAAGUGACUUGUUUUUGGCUCAGAAAAAUCAGUGUCUUUAUAUUCUCUCAAACUAUUCCUCAAAAGAAAGCAUUAUUCAUCAUAAACCAUCUUAUAAUGGAGCUGAUUUUCAGUGGAUUACUGAAAUUGAAGAAAUCAAUUUGGAUUUGGCUAUUCAUGCUUUAUGUGCUCUACAUUAUGUUUGCAAUGGUGACAUUCUUUUGGAAGUUGUUAGGAAAGGAAUGGUUACUGGAGUUCUAGCUUUGAAAGUUGAACUUAUUCGAAUAUUGCCCUUAGUUAUGUAUGAGUUGGACUCCAAUGAGGCUAUUUUGUUUUUAAAUGAAUUAGUGAAUGAUGCUGCAAGCUAUAGCUGGACAGAGUCAAUGCUCUUGCAGUUAUCAAAACAUGCUCUACUGUUAUGUUACAUUGUAACUGGAGUUAAAAUAACACGUUCGUUGGAGUGGAGGCUGUCACAAGAAACAUUUUUUAUUGAUAACAGUGACUAUCAGCAUAUUGUUGAAGCUAAUGCUCCAAUCAAUAAUGAACUCUUGUCGUCAACUUACUGCAAAAUUUUGAACUUUAUAAUAUUAAAUGAGGAAAAGUCAAAGCACAUUUUGAUAUCAACACUUGAAAGCUCCAUUAAGAUUUGUUCAUUUAUUAAUCAGGAUGCUUUAUUUCCUUUGCUUUCCUUAAUGGAUCAUGAAGAUAUUGAAGUUGUAUCCUCAUUUGGGAAGCAUUCUGCAAUUUUGUUUAAUUUAUGGGGCUCCUACGAAGGUGAUAUAUCUAACCAUCCGUUUUUGCGUAAAUUAACACUAUUAGCUUUAUCCUGUCACACAAAACGAAGUAAAGUAUCUAUUGAUAUUUUGGGCUGCUUAGGAAGAUUCAAGAACAAUAACGUUUUUAGACAUUGUGUCAUUCUACUUCUAGAAAUGUUACUUCGUGGUAGUAUUGUGAUUAAAGCUGCAGCUUUUAAUGAGAUAAAAGAGCUCUGUAGAUUUCAUAGGCUUGCUUCUGGGAAGCUACCAUUGCCUUUGAAACAUCAAAUUUGUGAACUUUUAGUGGAAAUUCUAAAUGAAAAACCAUUUAUGAUUCUUUGUUCAAAUUUGAAAAAAAACUUUUGUGCUGAGAUUUCAAAUGUAUUUGGUUAUAAAACAGUUGAAGAAUUUCUUCAGUCAAUACAUGAUCCAUUUAUAUCACUACUUGUUGCUGAAGGAUCUAAUCAUGUAUUGCAAUGUCUAACUUUUAUUGCAGAAAAAUUUAACAAAACUAUUGGAGAACUAUUGGUUGCCAAUUUUCACUACAUAUUUAGUAACUUAAUUUGCAAAUGUAGCGAAAGCAGACGAUCACUAUCAUUACAGUUUCUUAAGACUAUAAUGCCUGACUUGGAUAUGGUUUUUGUUGUCCGUCGAAGCAAAAUUUUAAACCAGUUAUUGCUUCAGUUGUAUUCUGCACCUAGUCAAGUGACUGUUGGAAUAACUUUUUUAGCAUCUGUCCAGAAAUCACCAUCAAGCAUGUCACUUUCAUCUGAUGUUGAAAUAGCUGAUCAUUUAGAACCAAAUUUUCUAAGUAUUUUAAAGUUUUUUGAUGCUAAGUUAGAGAUAGCUUGUGAACAUGAAGAUCAUGAUUUAGGACUUAUGGCUAUUUCAAGUUUGACAUCGUUAAUUGUAAUAAUGGGGAGUAAGUAUAUAACAAAGUUCCGAGUCAAUGUGAUGGCUUUACUUAGGUUAUGUCAAAAAUUUAAGAACUUAGAAGUGUGCAAAAAAGCUUGUGAAGCCUGGGAUUGUUUCAUUCAGAGUGUUUCUAUUCCACUAUUGGGUCCAUUAUUAAGUGAGAUUGUUGUGGUCCUGACUCCUUGGGUUUCGCUUUUUUCUAACAUCAUUACUAAAAUUUUUACGUACCUGUUUAUCACAAAUAAGGACAGCCUUUGUUCUUACUUUGAUGAAGUAUAUGUGAUACCUGAUCACCCAUUUUUGAAAGAUAUCAAUUCUGUUAUUAAGGAUAGUAUUAUCUCUCAUAAUAUGUCAUGGGAGUGUGUUCUUGAAUCGCAUUUAAAGCAUUUAUUGAAAGGCAUUAAUCAUCAAAGAUCUGAUGUACGGUCACAUGCUGUGCAAUCUUUACUAUUGCAUUUGAAAAAACAUCAGACACAAAUUCAGGAGCUAGUUAUUAACAGAGAUAUUGUGCAUCCAGCUAUUGCUGAUAUUAUAACCUCUCUUGUUUGUAAUUUAAAAGAUGCUGAUUCUAGCUUAAGGCUCAAAUGUGGUGAAUGUCUUGGAAUACUUGGGGCAAUUGAUCCUGGAAGAAUUUCAUACCAGACUGUCACUACUGUCAAAGCGAUUGUUUAUUUUGAGACUGAUAUGUUGUCAGAAAAAUUUUCAAUUGAACUGAUUGAGCACUUAAAACAAGUUUUUCUUGCUUCCCGUGAUGCUCAAGAGCAAAAUUGUUGUGCUUUUGCUAUUCAAGAGGUACUAUCAGUAUUGAAUUGUGCUAAUGCUGAUGCUGGAAAAUCAAGUGAUGGUACUCAUAUUUGGAACAAGCUUCCAGAGAAUACACAGGAAAUUUUUUCUCCUUACCUUCACUCAAAAUAUUCACCACGUUAUCCGAAGUUGGAAAAUUCUGCCGAUUUUUUUAAGUUAUCUCAUUUCAAAAGUUAUAAAGACUGGAUACAGAAAUGGGCAGUCACUCUAAUUUAUAGAUUGCAUAAAUCUAUUGCAAAGCAGUUGUUUCUACCUUGCACCCUUAUAUUUAAGUACAACAUUCGCCCUGCUGAGUUUCUUUUGCCCCACGUUUUACUUGCUGUUCUUUCCCAGAAAGAUUUUGGAAUUAUUACAAAGAUUCAAAAUGAGAUAUGUCAUAUCUUACAACACUGUGAUAGUAUACGGGACAUUCCAAGAGAUGUAGCUGAAACUGUUUCCCUUUGUUCACAAACUGUAUUUGCUUCUCUUGAUUAUCUUCAGACUUGGGUGCAUAAUAAAAUGAAACUUCAGCCCACUGCUAAGUCUAAGCCAAUGAAGUCUACAAAUGAAUCUGGUUCUCAAAAUAUUUCCAUUGUCGAGAAUUUUCUAAAAAGCAUACCAAAGGAUUUGUUGGCAAAAGCUGCCUUUCAGUGUCACGCUUAUACUCGAGCUUUGAUGUAUUUUCAACAAUUUCUGAAAUCUUGUCCUUCUGAUAUAAUUCAAAAAAAUUUAAAAUUUUUGCAAGAAAUAUUUGUUGGUUUAAACGAUGUUGAUGGUGUUAGUGGUGCUGCUGCUUUUCGCUCCUCACAGCCCACAAUUCAAGAGCAAAUAUUACAGUAUCAAAGCAUUGGAAAUUAUAGAGAUGCAUUGCUAUAUUACCAGAAAGCCAUUAGAGAAAAUCCUGGAGUCAAGUACUAUGAAGAUAGCCUUCAUUGUUUGAUGAGUCUGGGGGAAUUUCAAUCAGCAUUAACAUAUGUGAAAGGAUUACUUGCUGAAAAACCUGAAUUGUCUCAUAUCUUUAAUUCAUACUAUAUUGAAGCUGCUUGGAAGCUUGGAGACUGGAAUAGUUUAGAGCAAUCAGUAAAAGAGGCAAGGUCAUCUUUGGUUAAUUGGGGUUCAGGUCUUGGAAAAUUGUUACUGGCUGCAAAAAAGAAGGAUAAAGUUGCGUUUCAAGCACAGUUGCAAGCUGUUCGUAAUAGUGUUAUGGGACCACUAACAGCUGCUAGCUUAGAAUUGGGAUCAUAUCAAAGAGGAUAUGAGCAUAUUGUCAGGUUGCAUAUGCUUCAAGAAGUAGAAGAUAUGGCCACUCAAGUUAUAUUUAGUUCCGAGAGUAGGACUGUUGACAUUUUAAAGAACUGGAAAAGUAGACUUCUAUCUACAGAAGAGACAUUUAGAACUCAAGAACCAAUACUUAACCUUCGUAGAACAUUACUUAGUUUGGUUGAUGAAAAGCAAGAGCUUCUCACAUUGUCUAUUAAGCAAGAAACUGGUUGUCUAUGGUUGAAAAGUGCUUCUAUUGCUAGGCACUCUAACUGUAUGCAAGCUGCUCAUAAUCUUCUUCUACAUGCUGCAGAUUAUCAUCUACCUGAGUAUUGUUUAGAGCAUGCUGAUUUAAUCAGUACACAGGGUGACCCACAUCAGGCACUUCUUAAUCUUCAGAAAACAAUUGAGAGCUGGACAGCUUCUGAAGAAGUUCCACUUGCUACCAAAGCCAAAGCAAUGUUAAUGGUUGGCAAGUUACUGGAAGAAACUGAUCAUGACUCCCAAACAAUUUUGAAACAUUACAAAGAAGUAAUAGCAAUUGAUGGAGAGAAUGAAGAGGGACAUUUUUGUUUAGGAAGAUAUUAUGAUAGAUUACUCACAUUGGUUGAAAAGAAUCCUUCUAAUUAUGCAGAUGUUUUGAAUUAUACUAUCAAGCACUAUGGUGAUGCACUUACAUAUGGAAACAGGUUCAUUUAUCACUGCUUGCCACGUGCUCUUUCUCUUUGGUUGGAUUAUGGAAACAGCUCAGCAUCAAAGCAAGAGAAAGCCUUACUUCAAUCAAAUGUAGACAAAAUUACCAAGCUGAUGGAGAAUCUUGUUGAUCAACUAGCUCCAUAUCAGUUCUUGAUCGCAUUUUCACAGAUAAUAUCUAGGGUUUGUCACCAUGAUGAUAAUGUUUACGCAACACUAGAGAAAAUUAUUCUUAUUUUACUGAAGCAUUAUCCUCAGCAUUCGUUGUGGCUGAUGAUAGCAGUUAGCAAGAGUUCCAACAGUACUAGGAAAAAUCGUUGUAAAGCAAUUAUUAAUAAAGCAAAACAUAUUUUUCCUCGGUGGACAAAAGUAAUAGAUGAUAUUUGUAAGCUAGGCAGAUGCUUACUAGAUGUCUGUUCUUGUGAAUCUGAGUCAAAAAGAACUUUUGUUAAAAUGAAUGAUGUUUGUAGGGAGCUUGUGAGAUUAACUAAAUCAGAUGAUUUUAGUCCUGUUAUGGUCCCUCUUCAGUCAUCCUUAACUGUAACUUUGCCUGCCUGUCAGGAUGCUCCUUCUGAUCAUAAUCCAUUUCCUGGCGUUCAACCAAGUAUUGUAUCAUUUGAUGAUAGGGUCGAUAUUCUUAAUUCAUUGCAGAGACCAAAAAAAGUAAUUAUUCUCGCUAGUGAUGGAAAUCGCUAUACCAUGAUGUGCAAGCCAAAAGAUGAUUUAAGAAAAGAUUGUCGUUUAAUGGAAUUUAAUACUGUGAUUAACAAAUUUUUAAUCCGUGAUCCUGAGUGCCGUCAGCGUCAUUUACACAUAAGAACUUAUGCAGUUAUUCCCCUUAGUGAAGAUAGUGGACUAGUGGAAUGGGUUGAUAAUACAACAGGAUACAGACCAAUUUUGCAAACAACAUACCAAGAGAAAGGAAUGUAUACCAGUGGAGUUGAUGUUAAGAAACUUCUCCCCAAAGAUAGUGACAAGAGAAACAAGAAAGUGCUUAAAGACAUUUUUGUGAAUAAAAUAUUGCCCAGGCAUCCUCCAGUAUUAGGUGAAUGGUUUAUGAAGGCUUUUCCAGAUCCAACAUCAUGGUAUUCUAGUUCCCAAUCAUUUGCCCGAACAGCUGCAGUAAUGUCUAUUGUUGGUUACAUGGUGGGCUUAGGUGACAGACAUGGUGAAAACAUUCUUAUUGAUUGCACCAAUGGAGAUGUUGUUCAUGUGGAUUUUAGCUACCUAUUUAAUAAGGGUCUUACUCUUGAAGUCCCUGAAAUAGUGCCAUUUAGGCUUACACAUAAUAUGGUUGAUGCAAUGGGUGUUACAAAAUAUGAAGGAACUUUCCGAAUUUCAUGUGAAAUGACAAUGAAAUUAAUGAGACAACAAAGAGAUCCUUUAAUGUGCGUUUUAAAAACUCUCAUUCAUGAUCCAUUGGUUGAAUGGGUUGUUAAGACUAGUCGAUCACAGAGCAGUGAUAAAGGUGUGAAAAUUGUUAGUGAUAUUGAUGAGAGGCUUCAAGGAAAAACUGGGAAGACACUCCCUUUGUCAGUCAAAAGUCAUGUUCUUCAGUUGAUUAAAGAAGCUACAGACAUUGACAACUUGUGUCAAAUGUAUAUUGGCUGGGGACCUUAUCUUUGAUUUUUCUUUAAUACCAACAUACAUUAACAGAUUGCUUAUUAUUUAACAUAGUCAUUACUUCCAAUUUAUUAUUAUUCAUUAUUAUAAUCUUUAGAUAAAACAAUCAAACAAUCAGAAAUGAUACCUUA